UAUUGAUAGACGUACCAACCAGCGAUGGAGGUUCUACCAUUCUUCCACAAACUUAAUCCUGUUUAACUUUCUGCCAGACGAAAGGACAGUGAGUGCUUUGUACUUUGGUACUUAUUAGUCAGGUAGAUAAGCGAAUAAAUACGGAAAUCAACACCUAAGUUAUACACGAGUUCGAACCGGAAAGAUAUAGGCGCUCAACGACCAUACAAAUAGAAUCAAUGAUUAAUCACUCCACACCGACAAAAAUAAAUUCUUGACAGGAAACGAAUAAAUAAUAAAUAUAUCGUUUACUGGAGUGACAUAAUACGUAUAAGAGGAGAGCGAUGUCGCUGUAGAUUAAACUACACCCAGACUUCGUUGCCAUUAGCCACAUGGUCAUCUGUCUUAACUGCGGAGCUCUGAUAUUCUGGUUCCUUUUUUUUUUUUAAUAUUAUAAUCGGUAAUUUUUUUGAUAAAUAAACAUAUUAUAUUUAAAUAUAUAUAUAUAUAUAUAUAUAUAAAUAUACCACCUACAAAAAAAGUUAUCUUGAGUUAAUAUAUCUGAAUUCCGAAGUCUGAACAUCCUGGUUCCAUGUGUUUUAUCUGACCAGAUGGCAUUAUCUGCUGUAAAGUUGCUGAAUCCACGGGUCGUUGCCCAAACAGGUCCUGCUUGUACGGCAUCAAUUAUCUUCCUCCACGGUUCAGGUGAUACUGGUCAAGGUAUAAGAGAAUGGCUCCAAAUGGUUUUAGGACACGAGUUGGCAUUUCCUCAUAUUCGAGUUGUGUAUCCUACAGCCCCUGCCAGGCCCUACACCCCUAUGAUGGGACACCAGAGUACAGUAUGGUUCAAUCGUAAGAAGAUCAGUCCAUUUGUAGCAGAAGAUGAAUCUGUUAUUCCAAUGUGUGAAAAGAUCUCUGAACUAAUUGACCUUGAGAUAAAAAAUGGUAUACCUUUCAACAGGAUAAUCAUUGGUGGAUUUUCCAUGGGUGGCUGUGCCGCAUUGCAUGUAGGUUACCGGUUUCGACCAUCUGUGGCUGGAGUUUUUGGCAUGUCCUGUUUUCUCAAUGAAAAAUCAUCUGUUUACGAGACUCUCGACACUAGCUCCAACUUGACACAGUGGCCACCAUUGUUCAUGAGCCAUGGAAAGGAUGAUAGCCUUGUCUUGCCUGAAUGGGGUCGUGUUACGUACAACGAACUGAAGAGCCGAGGAGUUGACUCCGAACUUCACAUGUUUGAUAAUCUCUACCAUGAAUUCAACAAGAAAACUUUACACUUACUAAAAAGCUGGAUCUUGAAGCAUCUACCUGAAGAAAGCUAGAAAUUAUGGUGUUCUUGUUGACAGUAAAUUUGUGUAAGAGAAGUUUGUAUACUGUGGAAGAAACAAGAAAUUUUUCUUUAUGAACUUGAAAUACUGCCAUUUCACUUCAGUGUGACGGUGCAGUAGUCAUAGCAGAUCCUCUCAAACUGGUAACGUAAACCUUUUUGUAGCCACACUCAUUACUUAGAAUAUCAAACUGAUAUUAUUCUUACAUAAAAUUCUGAUAAAACGUUCUAAUUUAAAUAUGGACAGGCAGUGCUAAAGCAUGGCCUUUGCUAUGAUCACUAAAACACUAAAAAUCUUCAUAAUUAAUUUUGUACCACAACUAGAAGCAAUCUUGGGCAGGUAAAUGCAGUUACAUUUAACUUGAAUAUGUAUAUUUAAAAGGUUUCAGAAUUCUGGUCAGAUGUGUCAGCAUGAGGAAUAUUUUAGAAUGAAGAGAAUGUGGUUAUGUUUAAUUUGAACUAUCUUAUGUGUGUCCUUGUAAACUGUCUGUGAUGUAGGUUGUAUUCUCAGCAACAAUUUUGUCAUAGCAAGUUUUUAUGAUACACAUGUAAUCUUUAUACAUUCAAAUAUAUUUACUUUUUUGUAUAUAGUAUUUUAAAAUGGUAUAAACAUAUUUUUCUUGUA